GCUUUUAUCAAUUUUAUGUACAUUAUUGUGAUAACAAAUUUAUGCUAUAUAUUUUUAAAAGUUACCCUAUGAAUAAUGGUAAAACUUUUGUAUUAUUCUAAUAAGUGUUGUUUUAGAGUUUUAUAAAUACUGUUAUAAAAAUAUUUUAACAUUAUUUAAGGGUAAAUUUCUAAAAUAUUUAAUGAAAAACUUAUAAACUACAACAACAUUUGUAUGAUAUAGUUACCGUCUAUGUAACAAAUGUUCUUUAGUCCGUCUAUGUCAUGUUUUGUCUUAAACUCUCACGACAAGAAUGGCCUUGUGGCGUUUUAUCUCGAACCUUGUGAUUUGUUGAUUGUUUCGAUAUUGGAGCUUUUCAUGUUCCUUUAUUUUUCAUGUGAACUCUGCACCGGUUUAGAUUUAUCCAAAAUAAAGAGCAAUAUAAAUGCAUUGACGCCCAAAAAGAAAGAACAAACAAAUUAGCAAGAAACACUCCACUUGGCAUGUAAAAAAAAAAACUCCACUUGGCCAUGCUUUUUAAAAUACAGUUGCACUCAAUAGGAAAAAAAUUGAGUGACAUAUUAAAAGCAGCAAUGGAACCAAACAAAAAUCAAAAUAUAUCUUUGCUGGUUUUAGCCGAUUUUACCAGCGAGCUAUUAUGUAGCAUGUGAUUGUUGUCUGUACGUUACUUUAUUUUAUAGGCAUCUAACUGAACAUUAUUUAUGGUUAAAACUUAUCGGAUUUAGAAUUAUCUACUAAAAUUUUGAUAUUCUAGUUUUCAUAUACCUAAUAUCUCUGUAAACUUUUUCAUUUACCUAAUCAACACGUUCCCUAAUUGCUUCUUAGCGUCUCCACCCUCCACCAUAGAGAAACAUCAUUAGCUAGUAUAUUCUUAUGUAUCGUAUCAUUGGACUUGUAACCCAAGUAAUGAAACAAGACUUGUUUAUUAGCCUUAAUGGAAGACGCGUCAUCAGUUACGUCAUCAUCACUUGCCCCAUUAAAACAUUUAAUACUAAACUAAUCAGUCUUCUUAUAACGUUAUCUCUAAUCGAUCGCAUCCACUUUAGUGGUUACUAAAUAACUCUCUUUGCCAGCAUUUCUUGUCAUUGCUAAUCACGCAAAAAAAAAAAAAAAAAAAAAGAUGGACAAAAGAUGGAGUCUUCAAGGUAUGACUGCUCUUGUAACCGGUGGAGCCGCAGGAAUAGGGUAUGCCAUAGUAGAGGAGUUAGCUAGCUUUGGGGGCAAAGUCCAUGUAUGCGACAUAUCUGAAACUUUGCUCAAUCAAAGUUUAAGUGAAUGGGAAAAGAAAGGGUUUCAAGUGAGUGGCUCAGUCUGUGAUGUAUCCUCUCGUCCCGAGAGAGAGACACUCAUGCAAACUGUCUCCUCGCAGUUUGAUGGCAAACUCAACAUUUUCGUGAACAAUGUGGGAGUACUUCGCGGAAAGCCAACAACAGAAUAUGGGGCAGAUGAUUUUGCUUUCCACAUCUCAACAAACUUGGAACCUGCUUACCAUUUUUCCCAGCUCUCACAUCCUCUCCUAAAGGCUUCAGGUUAUGGAAGUAUCGUCUUCAUGUCCUCUAUUGCAGGGGUUGUAUCCAUGAGCGGCGGAUCCAUUUACGGUCUAACCAAAGGAGCUGUGAAUCAGCUAGCUAAAAAUUUGGCUUGUGAAUGGGCAAAAGACGGCAUAAGAGCCAACGCCGUUGCACCUAAUAUCAUCAAGACUCCUCAGGCUCAACCGUUUCUUGAUCACGUCAGUUUCAAGGAGGGGUUGCUCGGUAGAACUCCACUUGGUCGAGCUGGAGAGCCUAAUGAAGUUGCAUCACUAGUGGUUUUCUUGUGUCUACCUGCAGCUUCCUAUAUCACAGGUCAAACCAUUUGUGUUGAUGGAGGCCUCACGGUUAACGGCUUCUCCUAUCAACCACAGGCUUGAGAAUGGUCUUGUCCUGUUUUGUGACUGUAAUAUUUUCUUUUGAAUAAAAAAACUCACCAUUUGAGGGUGUGCACGGACACAUAAGCGAAUUCACAAUUCCAUUCUGGAGAUUCUAAUCAGAUUUGAUUACACCAAUACAUUGCAGCAAUGUCUCUCUCAGAUAUCAAAAUGAUAUAUCCAAUCCAAUCA